UAUACUGUUCACCUACGCAUACGCUCUCCAGCGCCUCAUGUGACGUCUCUAACUGGGAGUGUGAACAGAUAACUAUCACAGCUGACACCCACCUGCCAGUACGGACCCAAUCUUCUGCGGUAUAUAAUCAGUGCGCGAAUGCUCCCAUCGCAAUUCACUCGUACGAUCUUGAGAUCAAGACUCUAACUAGUGACGCUGACGCUACCUGCCAUCCCACUCUAACGCAUUUG